UUCUCAGUUGGAUGUGCAUGAAUUGGAAAUAGUGAAUCAGGAGCGCAACUGGAUGACCUCACGAACCGCGUCCAUUUAUAGGCUAUAUAUCUGAUAAAGAGAGCAACUGUGUAACAACUCAGCUUUUCACAUUUCGGAUCUGCGUAGGAAGUUCAUCUGCUGGAAAGAGAGCGACAUCUGCGCGGAAGACGAACAGAAGUUUUUGAGAUUUUUUUUUAAAGCUGGUUGUUCUUUCCAUCGCCAUGUCCUCCGGUGAUGCGACAGAGCAGUGUCGGCGGUUUUGUGUGUUGUCUUGGGAGCAGGUGCAACGUUUGGACUCUAUUCUCGGAGAGACGGUUCCAGUUCACGGACGUGGAAACUUCCCGACGCUUUCGGUGCAGCCGCGACAGAUUGUUCAGGUGGUUCGAGCACGUUUGGAAGAGCGAGGAAUCACGGUUCGAGAUGUUAGGCUGAACGGUUCAGCUGCCAGUCACGUUCUGCACCAGGACACGGGCCUCGGAUACAAAGACUUGGACCUGAUUUUUGGUGUUUCUCUGUCAGAUGACCAGGCUUUCCGUGUGGUGAAGGACGUGGUUCUCGACAGCCUGCUGGACUUCCUACCUGAAGGCGUCAGCAAAGAGCGAAUCUCAGCACUGACUCUGAAAGAGGCUUACGUGCAGAAACUGGUGAAGGUGUGCAACGACACCGACCGCUGGAGCCUCAUCUCGCUUUCCAAUAACACAGGCAAGAACGUCGAGCUCAAGUUCGUGGACUCUCUAAGACGGCAGUUUGAGUUCAGCGUGGACUCCUUCCAGAUUGUUUUGGACUCUCUUCUUCUGUUCGACCGUUGUUCGGAGACGCCCAUGUCGGAGUGUUUCCACCCUACAGUUUUGGGCGAGAGUAUGUAUGGGAACUUCGAGGAAGCUCUUGGCCAUCUGUGCAACAAGGCCAUCGCUACACGAAACCCUGAAGAAAUUCGCGGAGGCGGCCUCUUAAAAUACUGCCACCUUUUAGUGCGAGGAUUCCGUCCCACUUCCGAAUCGGAGAUGAAAUCGCUCCAGCGGUACAUGUGCUCUCGGUUCUUCAUUGACUUUCCAGACAUCGGGGAGCAGCAGCGAAAACUGGAGGCGUACCUACAGAAUCACUUUGCCGGAAUGGAGCACAAACGGUAUGACUGUUUGGUCACGUUGUACCACGUGGUCAAUGAGAGUACUGUAUGCUUAAUGGGACACGAGCGACGGCAGACUUUAAACCUUAUCUCAAUGCUGGCGCUAAGGGUGCUCGCCGAACAGAACGCCAUCCCUACAGUUACCAACGUCACAUGUUAUUACCAGCCGGCACCGUACGUGCGAGACAUCAACUUCAGUAACUACUACAUUGCUCACGUGCAGCCGCUGGUUCACACUUGCAGUAGUUCCUAUCCGACAUGGCUGCCCUGUAACUGACACAGUCGACAUCCGUUCUCGUACAUCCCCAUGUGCUGGAGAUGAUAUGCAAGCAAGUGAAUAUAAAACGUUUUUUCCAAACUCAAAAAAAGGGAUUUUCUGGAGGAGCUUUUAUUUUUUUAAACAAUGUCAAUAGAGCAUUCUUGGGACAGCGUCAAAAUUGGGAAGACUUAUUCUCACCACUGGUUACCUUCUCAUUCUUUAAAUGCUUUGUAUGACAAUGUCACAGCCAAACAUUAGAGAUGCUCCGAUCGAUCGGCCUAAGAUUCAAUCGGUACUCCCCAAUCUGGGAGAUCUCAUGAAACGAUCGCAGGUGUUGGUUUAUGAGUUUACAAUCAGAGGAAGACGCACGUGCACACCCGUAUAUUAUACAUGGCCUACAGCAGACACAACACAAUGAGAAGGUAAACGAUGAAUGUGGCGAUCGAUGUGCUCGCGUCACAGCAGCUAAAAUACAGAUGUGGUGCGACCCGUUUAUACAGUCUAUUGGCUGUUUAUAUAUGGGGCCAGAUCAGUCUCAACAAUAAUAUAUUUACAAAAUAAAGAUCAUACAACACAAUUCACAUUUACAAAAUCCAAUUCAUGAAUACAGAACAAGAUUCAAAAAUACACAAAUUUAAUUUAUUAAUUUAAAACAUGAUUCAAAAAUAGACAAAUCAAAUUUGAAAAUUCAAAAGACAUUUAAAAAUUACACAAAUCCAAUUGUAAAUUUAAAAAAAUACAAAAAUCAAAUUUGUAAAAAUAAAAAAGAAACAAAAUGCAGAUUUAAUUUAUAAAUUUAAAACAUGAUUCCAAAAUUCACAAAUCCAAUUCGUAAAUUCAAAAUUACACAAAUCCAAUUCGUAAAUUAAAAAAAAGAUAAAAAAACACAAAUCAAAAUUGUAAAUAUAAAAAAAUGAUUUUAAAAAAUGCAAAUUUAAUUCGUAAAUUCAAAGCAAGAUUCAGAAAUGCAUAAAAACAAUUAGUAAAUUCAAAACAUGAUUUAAAAAUACACAAAUCCAAUUCGUAAGUUCAAAACACCAUUCAUAAACACAAAUCUAAUUCAUUUGGCGAAAAUUUUUAUGAUUUUUUUUUGUGAAUUCAUAAAUUGUGUUUACAGAUGUACAAAUUGGAUUUUGUAAAUGUGAAUUGUGCUGUGCAUGUAGGAAUUUAUACAGUCUAAAACUGCUUCUGGCCUUGACAUGUUCACACCUAAAUGGUAACAAAAGACAUGUUUAAGGUUUUAUAUGCAGCAUCCUUCAUUUAUUUUCUUAGGUACGGCGAGAUCUACUCUUAAGCUUCAUGCUUAGAGGGAAAAUGUGCUCAAUGCAUUAUAAAGCAUUAGAUUCGGUAUUCAGUAUCGGCUCAUGACAAGUAAUCGGUACUCGAUAUCGGCUGUGAAAAUCUUGAUCAGAGCAUCCCUACCAAAAAUAUAAGUCAUUUGAAUUAAAUUAUUUUUGAUAAUAUGUGUGCAGUUUACAUAGUUCAAGUUUUGUUGAGGUGUUUACCUAUUAAUUAAAAUACCCCACAAAUAUAUAAAAGAAAACUGAUUUAUGGAUUUAAUUUGUCUUCCGGGUUUUGAUGCCUCGACUGUAGCACUCUAUUGUUCUUGUGCUAAAUGUGACAUAUAUUAGAAUGACUGUUCACUGCUGUAUGUCUGAUUUGAGCCUAUUCUUACGUAUUCUGUUCUGCAGAGUGAGCGAAGAUCUUUUUCACAUGUAGCAGGAAAAAAAAUACACUUUGUUUUUUUUUCUCUCUCUCAAGUCAUGAUAGAUUCACUUAAACUGUUGCAGGUUAUGUAAGCGGGGAGAGAAAGCUGCGUUCUGUGUUGUGAAGCUAUAUAUGUUUUUUUUCAGACUGUGGUUUCAAUCAACCUCUAUUUUUCUUGUUUUUUUUUUUUUUAAGGACCAAAGAUAUUUUAUUUUCGUCGUUAAAAAAGGAAUGUUUGCUGUUGUAAUUCCAAGUGCCUAAAAACAUUAUAUAAAAAAGUGAGACCUGUGCUCUCUAAAAAACA